AUGUUUUCCCUUCUCCCUGCCGCUCUCUUUUCUAUUAUCUUGGCUGCCGCCGUUUCCGCCAAACCAGGACUGUCAGUAACGCUCACUGGUAAGGCAUACAUCGCUCCCGCUAUUCCCGCACUCAUGGCUCUACUCAACGCAGGCCCAAAGGAGGCGAACGGUGUCGGCGCGCUCAUUGUUACGGCCAAGAUCGUCAAUACGGGCGACGUCAAGCUCCAACUGCUCAAGGACCCGCGGACGGUGCUGAACCCACUCCACACGGACACCUUCCUUAUCUCCAACGCCGCCAAAAAGGCACCAGCCUUCCGGGGCAUCAAGAUCAAAUACUCCCCGGAAACCGUCGUAGCGCAGAAAAAGGCGAGCGGCUUCACUGUUCUGGCCCCGGGGGCGUCUGUAGAAGUCAAGCACGAUUUGUCGAAAGGAUAUGACUUCACGAAAUCCGGCGCUGGAGCAUACAACAUCGUCCCGCGUACUGCCUUCGAGUUCGUCGACGCCGCGGGGAAGCUGACGCCCAUUCUCGCCACCGCCAAGGGGACCAGCGUGACGCUGAAAGGGAAGCUUGCCUUGCGACGCGUGCCGCGGACAUCACCGGGUACCACCCCCCACCUCGGCCGGCGGGCAACAUUCCGCGGCUGUAGUGCGACCCAGCAGAAACAGGUUACUGCUGCCGCCGCCGAGGCCCAGAAGUUAGUCGACAGCGCGGUCAAAUACCUCACCGUCCCGGCCAACCAGCUCCCCAAAUCGACCCCCCGCUACGUUGCGUGGUUCGGCAAACUCGAUUUCGGGCGCCACGCUGACGUCUUCGUCAACUUCCAGAACAUGGCGUUCGAAAAGUUUGACUCGUACACCUACGACUGCUCCUGCCCGUUCGACGAGGCCUUCGCCUUCGUCGACGCGCGGCGAUUCGGCACGAUCAACAUCUGCAAGCUCUUCUUCACCGCGAAGCCCAAGGGCAGCAACUCGCAGGCCGGCGUGCUCGUCCACGAAGCGUCGCACAUGAUCGCUGGCACACAGGACUUUGUCAGCGGCAAGAACGCCGCGCAGGGGCUGGCGAUCCGUGACCCCAAUACCGCUAUCCAGAACGCGGACAACUACGAGUUCUUCGCGGAAAACGAGCCGGCCCUGAAGUAA